AUGCAGCACGAAAAGCCUGAUUUGGAUCGGUUGGGAAUAUUCAAGGAAAUGUCUUAUGUCACUGUUGGAGAACCUUAUGUCCCUCCUCAGUCACACCUAGCAAUGAUACGAACAAAUCCACGUGGAGUGCCACCGAUGUACCUAGCUGGCGGGUAUUCCAAGUCGAAAUCUGCCAACGCCGAUGGGUAUUUCGCCCCCUUUGAGUCGAUCCAUAUCGGCGAUGGCAAUGUUCGUUAUGCAGAUAUUUUGCGCGAGGCACGCAAACAGUCCAAAGCAAAGCGUAUUGGUAGAGGAGAAUGGAUCCCUUCGAGCGGGUCAAAGCUACGUUCGGGAACCGGAAGCAGCUAUGGCAACUUUCAGGAGCGCUACGAGGCAUUUGACCCGGCUCGGAAGGUAGUCUCAAGAGUUCCGGAACUCAAGAAUUUCUAUACAAACCCAGGCAAGAAAGGAACUGGUUAUGGUUACGUUGAUGUAUGUCUCAAUCCGUAUCCUAGCGCAACAGUUGGCGACACUCCGGGGGAGAUUGCUCGACGUACGUAUGAGGCACAGAUCAAAGACCAUAUUGCUAAACUAAAAGGUCGAAAACCGUUUAUCUCAACGUGCCGAACCCUAGAUGCAUUUGACGGAAACCCCUGGGCGGAAGGAGAUCCUCUUGCUCCGGGUGGACCCAGUACUAUGAAGUUUGGAACUGCCGCAUUCCCUAAGUCUAUGAUUAUUGGGCCAACAUUUGUACCAUCUAGUCCGGCUAAACGUGAUGGUGGAAAGAAGGACGGAACUUUGAAUCCAUUUCCUGAAUACUCUUCCGAGCCAUACGUAGGACUGCAAGGCAUUCGCAAAGAGGACAAAUCCAAAUUUGUCGGUCCACAGUGGAUUCCAAACCCGGGUACCGCGUUGGUUAUCCCCACCCCAUCGAUUGUGGCAAAAAAUACCAUGUUACACUUCAAUUCCAAAACGCGAAAAAGUCGGCAGAAAGUUUGGGACAUCUGUUAG